AUGAAGAUUUUGACUGAAGUGUUUAAGAACGCAUGGGCCCAAAAAGAAGAAGAGACAUCGAAGGCAGACGUUGGGAACGUAGAACUAGAAAAGGAGUUCACUGAGGACGAGGUUGAGGCGUGUGUGAACAAGCUGAAGUUCCACAAAGCAGCAGGAGCGGAUGGGAUAGUUAACGAGUUCAUGAAGUUAUGGGGGAAGGGGAUGAUCCCGCUGAUGGUUCUGCUAUUCAAUUGGGUCUGGAAAAACGAGUAUACGCCAAGUAGAUGGAGGGAAGGAGUGGUUGUGAACUUGUUCAAGAAAGGAGACAAGACUGACCCAGGAAACUACAGGGGGAUCACACUGUUGAACACAGUAGGAAAAGUGUUCUGUAAGCUGCUGAACGAUAGGAUAGUGGGAGUAUUGGAGAAGGAACAUAGCAUUAGUGAGGGCCAGGCAGGUUUCCGAAAGAAGAGGGGGUGCGUAGACCACGUAUCCAAGGUAGGAAGAAUCAUCCAAAGUAGUAAGAGGGCGGGAAAGCCGACGUACUGCUUCUUCCUGGACGUGAAAAAGGCAUACGACACCGUAUGGAGAAAUGGGUUGUGGAAACAACUGUCCAAAUACGGGAUCAAGGGGAAAAUGUGGAGAGUGCUGAAGAAGAUGACAGAGUGUACGAAAAGCGCGGUCAUGCUAGACGGAGAACUGUCAAAAUUCUUCGACAUUGAGCAGGGGGUCCCACAAGGUUGCACGCUGUCCCCAACAUUGUUCCAGGUGUUCAUCAACGAUCUGUUGGAAGUCGUAGAGGCAGUCCGGAAGGGAGUAAAAGUAGGGGACACGGAAACGUCGGUUUCAGGAAUGCUGUUUGCGGAUGAUUUUGUCGUAGUGGACCAGUACACAUACCUCGGAGUAGAGAUCGCAAAAGACUGGUCGUGGAAUGCACACAUGUCCGAGGUAGCGGAAAAGGGCAAAGCACGAGCAGGGGAGCUGCACCUCGUCAAUCGGCACCUCGAUACACGCAUCAAAUUGACGGCUUUGAACAGCGUAAUCGUACCGCCGCUAGAGUACGCCGGAGAAGUAUGGGAAGGAAAUAAGAAGGUAGUGAAAGAACACGAGGCGUCGCAGAUGAAAGCAGCGAAAAUCAUCCUAGGAUGCUCCAAGCGCACAAGAUCUACCACGGAGAAGUUCAUAUCUUUGGCAGUUACUGCGGACCACGACUUUGACCCGGCCAAUGUUGUUCAAGACGUACGCCGGAUCUGCACGGAGCUCGCCGUGUAUAACGACGCGGUGGCUGACCACGGAAAGACGUUCGCUUUCCUGAAAGCUCUGCCGGACGACCACUACAAAGCGUUCAAGACAGGGCUGUUAUGCGGCCAGGCUGCUGGGAGCGUCUUGUCCUUCGAGGAGGUCGCCGACCGAGCCACUUCGUUCCACGCGAUGCACAUUUAUUUGCGGGCGGGGGUCAUCAUGGUCGUGGACGCGCGCAGCGCGGUGGACGAGGACGUGGCAGCUGGAACAACUCGUCGAACCGUAACAACGGGUCGUCGGGGGGGAACAACAGCAACGACCAGAAUCAUGGCGGCGCAACUUCGUCUGGCAACGGAGCUGGUGGUGCCGAUUGCGCCUGCCACAGCAGAGGAAACCAAGGAGCCUGCUGCCUCCUGCGAGCAGGACAAGGACCCGCCUGCCGCGACACAGCAUGACGAGCUGGUCGCGUACACCAACGAUUUUCGUUGCGUGGACAAGAACGUCCCCGCCGAGACCACAAGGGUGUACAUCGAUACCGCCGAUUUCAGGCACAACAACGACAUCGUCGGUGGAACCUCGAACGGAGAGGGCAAGGCGGAAAAUGCGCAAGGAUACCGGCCGGAACAACCGUGGCAGAUGCAGAUACUGGCACAACUCCACCGAGCACGGGUAACGAUUGCCCGCUCCGCUUCGCAUGGGGCGGAAGACGCUAAGAAUGAACAGGCACAUCCCACCACGCUGGAAUCAACCACGCAAGCGAGAUUCACACGAGCCCAACGAGAAACAAGUGAGCUGCUGGGCUUCAGCAUCAUCGUCAUCGGAGAUUGCGCGCAGGUGCAAAAGGAGCCUGUUGCCGUGCUGCCAAUGGAGCGCGCGGCUGAAGAAGUGCAGGUGCCCGAGGUACCUGCUGCGGCGAAGCCAACGGAGCGCCUCGCCGGUGAUGAGCAGGCGCUAACGGCGUCUGCAGCUGAUGCGAACGAGGAUAUCAAUGCUACCAUCAAGCAGGCGUCGAUUGUGCGUACAGUAACGAUAUUUGAGAAGCUCCCUGACGAUCACAUACAAGUGCAGGGUACACCGAGACCAACGAUUUACAGCAGUGGGUUCGUUGUCACUGGCAGGAAGCAGUCGCCAGGCAUCACCGAAGAAGAAGAAGAGAUCGCGCUCGCAGGAAUUUCAACACAUCAGAAUUUCCCGACCGAUAACGAGAGACCGUACGGAGAAAAAAAACGUCCUAGGACGGCUAUGACCGUAGAGACCAAGAAGACCUUCACCGGAGCUGAGACAGUGUUCGAUUCAGCGGCAGCCUCGAAUAACCCGAGGACGGAUCCGUACCGGCCCUGGGAGCCAGGAAGCUGCAACGAGGAGGCUAGUCUAUAG